UGGCUCCUGGGGGCUGACAGCCUGAAAAAGGGGACCCCCAGCCCGUUCGAGCGACACAGACCGGCUGAGGUGCAGCAGGUUUUACACGCAUUUUGCAAACUUUUCUUUCUGAACCAGAAAGGAGAAAAGAGCAGCAAAGAAGACCACCAGGCAUGGCAUCUGAGGAAUGUUCUCUCAUCACGCAGGGAGACAAGCUUUACAGUGGGAGGCUGGUGGGGGCUAUCGACCCCAUCUUGGAGCAGCUGAACUCUUCCAUUGAGAUCGAUCAGCGCCUGACGGAGGUGGACAUCCAAGCAAGCAUUGCCUAUGCCAAGGCUCUGGAGAAGGCUGGGAUCCUGUCCAAAGCGGAACUGGAGAAGAUCCUGAGUGGACUGGAGAAGAUUGCCGAGGAGAGUUCGAAGGGCGAGCUGGUGAUCACCAAGACCGACGAGGACAUCCACACUGCCAUUGAACGCAGACUCAAGGAACUAAUUGGUGAUCUGGCUGGGAAGCUUCACACUGGAAGAAGCAGAAAUGACCAGGUGGUGACCGACCUCAGGCUGCUGCUCAAGAGCGCCAUCACGCUGGUGUCCACUCACCUGCAGCAGCUCAUCCGGACUCUGGUGGAGCGCGCUUCCACUGAAAUUGAGGUGAUUCUUCCUGGUUACACCCACCUCCAGCGGGCUCAGCCCAUCAGAUGGAGCCACCUCUUGCUUAGCCACGCUGUGGCCUUGACCAGGGACCUGGAGCGCCUCUCUGAGGUGAAAAAAAGAGUAAGCGUCCUGCCACUGGGAAGUGGAGCCCUGGCGGGCAAUGCCCUUGGCCUGGACCGGGAACUUCUCCGCAAAGAACUGGAUUUUCUUACCAUCAGCCUCAACAGCAUCGAUGCCGUCACCGACCGUGACUUUGUGGUGGAAUUUCUCUCUACUGCUUCCCUCAUCAUGAUCCACCUGAGCAAAUUAGCUGAAGACCUCAUCAUUUUCUCGACAAAAGAGUUUGGAUUCAUUACCCUCUCCGAUUCUUUCUGCACUGGGAGCAGCCUGAUGCCUCAGAAGAAGAACCCGGACAGCCUGGAGCUGAUCCGCAGCAAGACCGGCAGCGUGAUUGGCAAGACUACUGGACUCCUGGUGGUUCUGAAAGGACUUCCCAGUGCCUACAACAAAGAUCUGCAGGAAGAUAAGGAGGCUGUGCUGGAUGUGAUUGACACCCUCAGUGCUGUGCUUCAGGUAGCCAACGGAGUAGUCUCCACUCUUCAGAUCAACAAGGAGGCCAUGGAGAAGGCCUUGACCCCAGAGCUGCUGGCUACAGACCUUGCCCUCCUCUUGGUCCGCAAGGGGAUGCCAUUCAGACAAGCCCAUUCUACAGUCGGGAAGGCGGUCCUCCUCGCCGAGACCAAAGGAAUAGCUCUGAACCAGCUUACUGCGGAGCUUUUGAAAACCAUCAGCCCCAUGCUGGGAAGCGACGUGGCUCAGAUCUUCAACGUCCAGAGCAGCGUGGAGCAAUACACCUCCCCGGGAGGGACCGCCAAGAGCAGCGUGACAGCUCAGAUCGAGCAACUGAAGGAGCUGCUGAAGAAGCAGAAGGAAUAAGUUUUGAGUGUGGGGGAAAAAACGAUCCCGUUACGGCGGGUUCCUGCUUGUUACAUUUAACCCCGAGUUAAUAAAGACAUUGGUGUAUUGGAUUUCACUGAGAAAA